AUGCCAAGAGUUUUGAUGGAUGUUAGUGAAAUUUCAUUAAAAACAACUAUACUUGGAAAAAUAGUUCCACAAGCUGAUAAAAAAGGAUAUCGAGCAAUUGUUAUUACAUGUGAUCAACCACAUGAACGUAUUCGAGAUUUUGUAUUACCAUUAUUUGAAGAAGCAUCAAAGAAUGUUGAUCCAGAAUUAAUGAAGAAUAUGUCAAUACCAAAUUUGAACAAGUAACGUUCAUCGGAUUCCGAUUCACUCGUCCCUAGACUGAAACACGAUGACAUGUGAUAUGACUAGAUGUGAAGAUGAGACUAUCAAAGAGUACAUCUCUGACCGAAAUAAAAAAAUGUGCUACAAGGAAAAAGCCGAGUGUUUUUGAAUUUCGUAAUUAAAAAUCAAUUAACAGUAAAAUCAGUUUAAAGUUCAGCAGGUGGAAUUACAAAGAACAGAAAUAUACAGGGUUGGAAAUAAUAUUAUUCCAGGGGG